AUGGCAGUGGGACAGUGGAGCAGUGGCGCCACCUGCGGCAGUCGCGUCGUCCCGCUCUUGAGGCGAGGGCGUAUCCCAAGGGCGCCUCCCACAGUCCGCGGGGACGGACGGGGGCGCCGCGAAGCUCGAGCACUCGGCGGCGCGCUCCCGCGACGCUUGUUAGUGCUCCGCAAAUCCACAGCGGGAUCGCCCGUACAACCGGGACCCGAUCCCAGUACGCACUUAAACGCGGCGGCGGGCGGGUACACGGGCUCGCCUUGGCCGCCGCUCGAACUAGACCCCGUGGGAUGGGGACGAAAGCUGUAUCCAUCGGGAGCCCCAAGGUCCUCAGGCGGGCUAAUGUUCGGCCUGCACCACCAAGAGGCGGCGGGCGGCUUGCACGCCCAGCCUCGCGGCCCCGUGACCUCGCUCAAAGAAGAACCGCUCACCCGCGCUUGGAUGACCCCCAGCUCUUUAGUUGACAAUACAAACAGCGUAGGUGUGGGUCGGGCGCACUUCGAAAAGCAGCCCCCCUCUAACCUGCGCAAGAGCAAUUUCUUUCAUUUCGUCGUGGCGCUCUACGAUCGCGCUGGCCAGCCUAUUGAGAUCGAAAGAACUGCUUUCAUUGGAUUCAUUGAGAAAGACCAGGAACCCGAAGGCCAGAAGACAAACAACGGCAUCCAGUACCGGCUGCAAUUACUUUAUGCUAAUGGUAUAAGGCAAGAACAGGACAUAUUCGUGCGACUCAUCGACUCUGUCACAAAACAGUAUUUCUUGUCCGAAGCCCUUAUUGCGGGUGAAAUACUAGCUCUAUAUGAAUCCAUGUCAGUUGGCACAGCAAUAUUCGGCGUGGCAUCGCCGACGCCGCGAGCUAUAUUUUUUCUCAAAUUCUUUCUUAAGUGCAAUCAAAAUUGUUUGAAGAAUGCCGGCAAUCCGAGGGAUAUGAGAAGGUUCCAGGUGGUGAUAUCAACACAAGUAAUGGUAGACGGUCCACUCCUCGCAAUAUCGGACAAUAUGUUCGUCCACAAUAACAGCAAGCACGGCCGGCGCGCGAAGCGGUUAGACCCCACUGAAGGUAUUGAAGCCGCUUCAGAGCCCACCUCUGGUCUCUACCCACCGUUACCUGUAGCAACGCCCUGUAUCAAGGCGAUAUCGCCUAGUGAAGGUUGGACUUCUGGUGGUUCUACUGUCAUCAUUGUAGGGGAUAAUUUCUUCGAUGGAUUACAAGUCGUCUUUGGAACUAUGUUGGUUUGGAGUGAGUUAAUAACAUCCCACGCCAUCAGAGUUCAAACGCCUCCAAGACAUAUACCAGGUGUCGUAGAAGUCACACUAUCCUAUAAGAGCAAGCAGUUUUGUAAAGGCGCGCCGGGAAGAUUCGUCUAUGUUUCAGCUCUUAACGAGCCGACAAUAGAUUACGGCUUUCAACGGUUGCAAAAACUUAUACCAAGACAUCCUGGUGAUCCGGAAAAGUUACCUAAGGAAAUCAUUCUCAAAAGGGCAGCAGACUUGGCAGAAGCACUGUACUCUAUGCCGCGCAACAAUCAGUUGGGUUUGGGAGCGCCACGGUCUCCACCAACCAGUAUGCCGUUCAACUCUUACACCGGCCAACUUGCCGUCAGUGUACAGGAUACUGCGGCUUCGCAGUGGACUGAAGAGGAGUACGCGCGUAGUGGCGGGUCGGUGUCGCCGCGUUACUGCUCGGCUGCAUCUACACCCCACGCCGCACCUGCCUCUUACCCACAUCCUCAGCAUUAUCCUGCACCACCUACUUCGCUCUUCAAUACCACUUCACUGUCUCUAGGCCCGUACCACCCGGCGAACGUGAAUGGACACUUAUCUGACCACUAUACGAGUAAUGUGUAUAACGCGAAAGAUAGCGGACAUUAUGAAAGAAAUUCUAAAACCGCCGACUGUCCUGUAAACACUCAUUCGAAAUGCCAGAUGAAAGAGGAUAAAGAGGGCAAGUCGAGAAGCGCGUUUGCUGUCGUCAGACACAGUCCGCCGCGAGUGGCUCAGCACCACAAUUGGCACCUAGCAGUCCAGUGAAUGGGCAGUCUGGUUUCAUCUCCAUUCAGUGUCAACCCGUUCUCACUACCAACAUGUAGCGCGCAACAAUACGCACAAACUGCACCUUUGGCUUCCAAG